AUGCAAUUCUUCAAAGCCGCCUCAGCACUCGCUUUCCUAUCUUCCCUUGUCCAAGCGGACUCCGAUGUCAGAUACAUCACAUCCAAUGGUGUAGUGUACAGCUUUGCAGUUGUCACUAGUACUAUCAGACCUGCAACCACUUAUUUGAGUACUUUGUACUAUACAACUACAGAGGUGGUUCCAGUGACGUUAGCUAACGAGGUUAUCACAUCCUCCACCAAAGCGGUCACGAAAACAUCUACAAUGUCAGUCACCAGUUCGGCAACCGUGGCGCCGGCAAGCACUCAAGGCAGCUCCAUCUCUAGUCCUGGUUCCAGUUCCAGUUCCAUUUUCAGUUCCAGCUCCAGUUCCAGCUCCAGCUCCAGUUCCAGCUCCAGCUCCAAUUCUGGUUCUAGUUCUAGUUCCAGUUCUUCUACAAGUCCAAGUUCUAGUUCUAGUUCGAGUUCAAGUUCCUCCUCGAGCACAGGUUUCAGCUCCAGCUCCAGCUCCAGCUCCAGUUCUUCUGGUGCGACCAGUACUCUAAGUCCCUCUUCAAGUUCUGCUGAGAGCUCUAGCUCCUCGCAGCUGCCAAGUCGCACUUCUAGCUCCGGCCCAACCACUCUUUCCAAGUCGACUGUCACGUCGUCACCAAGUGCUUCCUCAACCUUUUCUUCCACGCUAUCGUUGAGCGAAGAGGCCUACAGCACUCAAUUUGAUGAAGAUGGAUCGUGCACAGUAUACUACGACGACAGCGAUUAUUACACCACAAUAUAUUUGACAGACCCUAGCCAGUCUGUGGAUGCGUUUACCACGUACACCAGUACCAGCACCGUAUACCAAACCGUUUCACUAUGA